AUGGACAAAACGAAGAUACAGACUCGGUUACAAUCGCCUGCUGACGGAGAAAUGUCAGCGGGGGAAACAACGAUGCUCACCAAUGACGAGCAACAUCUCGCGAAACUGGGUUACAAGCAAGAAUUCUUCCGCCACCUUGGGCUCUUCGAGAGCUGGGCCGCAACGUAUAUCACGAUAAACUUCGUCUCGGGCAUCCCGAUUCUUUUUGGCUAUGCUAUGUAUACAGGCGGCCCAAAGGCUGCUUUUGUCAAUUGGACAUUGGUUGGGGGGAUGUCCUUUAUCGUGUCUUUAGCCUUGGCUGAGAUUGCGGCCGCCUUCCCUACAGCUGGCAGUAUCUAUUUUUGGAGCUACCGCCUCGGUGGGAAGAGGCAUGGUCGGCUACUGUGUUGGAUGACGGCGUGGUGGAACUGGGCAGGCUGGAUCUGCAUUGUGCCCGGUGUACAGCAAGGUUCAACCAACUUCCUGCUCAGCGCCCUCGAGAUCAAGUAUCCGGGCUCCCCCGUGAUCAGGCAAGGCUGGUUUGCGUGGCUGAUCACUACAGUGGGCUUGGUGCUUGCGAUGCUGCCCAACAUAAUCUCGCAAAGGGUGCUAAAGCUCUAUUUUCGCUUCGCGAUAGUCAUUUUCUUUCUCCUCUUUGCUUUCUACUGGAUAUGGUUCCCCAUAAGAGCUGCUGGAAAGUUCCAAUCAGGCAGUGAAGUCUUCAAUAAGUUCUAUAACGGUAUUAACAUGGGUCCGGAGAAACAGGCAUCUGACGCGUAUGCUUGGACGGUUGGGAUCCUGUUCGGGGCAUGGGUUUUCUACGGGUACGAUACUACAGCUCAUCUCGCCGAAGAGACGCAUGAAGCAUCGGACAAUGUUGCCAGAGGGAUCUGGGCAGGGACACUAUGCUCAUGGAUUCUCUCCAUCCCCACUUUGGUUAUCAUACUCUUCUGUAUGCAAGACUUUGACGGCAUAGUCUCGGCAACCUACUCAAACAACUGGGCCGAGUACCUCGUACAACUGGUUGGCGAGAAUGGCGCGAUAUGCGUCCUGGUCAUGCUAUGGCUCGACUCGACCUGUACAGCCGCCAUCUGCUUCCUGUCGGCGCAACGCGUGACCUUCGCCAUCUCGCGCGACGGCGUACUGCCCUACUCGAGGUACUUCCGCAAGCUCAACGGGGCCCGGAUUCCCAUACAUGCUGCGCUGCUCGUCUUCGUCCUCAGCGUGGUCAUCACAUGUGCUGUCAUCGGGUCGACUGUUGCCUUCACGGCCAUCAGCGCAACCGCUACCAUCGUGACCAACACCUCGUACCUAAUUCCUAUUGCUGCGCGCCACACGAUCGGGAAGCGCGACUUCCAGCCUGCGGGUUUCAAUCUCGGGAGAUAUAGUACCAUCGUUGGAAUCAUCUCCGCGAUGUAUAUCAUGUUCAUUUUUGCGGUGCUAACGCUGCCUCAACUGUAUCCAGUUACAGCGCAAACUUUGAACUACGCUCCUAUAUGUAUAACCAUCGUGACACUAAUCAGCCUGGUUGGAUGGAUACUCCCGUUUGGCCUUGGUGGUAGACACUGGUUCGAAGGUCCUAGACGAACCAUCGACGAGGAUUCAUUGGGCGAUGGGGAGCCCUUGCACAUGUGA